AUGGCCAAUGCGACCGGCGUCCUCAGCUGGCGCAAGGGCCAGGGCUUCAAGGAGUGGGAGAAGGUCAAACUCGCGUCGCCCGAGGUCAAGCGCAAGGCCGACGUCGCCCAGCUGUUCUUCUACGACCACUACUUCGACCUUUUGACGUACCUCUCGUCGCGCAAGGCCCGCCUCUCGUCCUUCCAGCAGUCGGUCGCCGCACGCCCCUCGCUCACCCAGCCCGAGGUCCACGCCGAGUGGGCGUCGUACACGGGCCGCGAGCGCGUCGUCCUGCGCAAGCGCCGCACCAAGCUCAAGCUCGCCCAGUUCCACAUCGUGACCCAGGUCGGCCAGGGCGGCUACGGCGAGGUGUUCCUCGCGCGCCACAAGGAGACGAACCAGGUCGUCGCGCUCAAAAAGAUGAAGAAGCGCACGCUCGCCAAGAUGGACGAGAUCCGGCACGUCCUCAUCGAGCGCGACAUCCUCGCGUCGACGUCGUCGCCCUGGCUCGUCCGCCUCCUGUACGCGUUCCAGGACCCGGAGCACGUCUUCCUCGCCAUGGACUUUAUCGCCGGCGGCGACUUCCGCACGCUCUUGAACAACUCGGGCGUCCUCAAGGAGGAGCACGCGCGGUUCUACAUCUCGGAGAUGUUCUCUGCCGUCGCAGAGCUGCACAAGCUCGGCUACAUCCACCGCGACCUGAAGCCCGAGAACUUCCUCAUCGACACGACGGGCCACAUCAAGCUCACCGACUUUGGGCUCGCGGCCGGCGCGCUGAACCCGGGCAAGAUCGAGCACCUCAAGGACAAGCUCGACUCGGUCGCCGACUCGCCCCUCAUCCUGCGCUCGACGAUCGAGAUGAAGUCGCUGUACAAGUCGAUCCGCAUGGCCGACGCGCGCUACGCCGACUCGGUCGUCGGCUCGCCCGACUACAUGGCCAUCGAGACGCUGCGCGGGCAGAGCUACAGCUACUCGGUCGACUACUGGAGCCUCGGGUGCAUCCUCUUCGAGUUCCUCGCCGGCUUCCCUCCCUUCUCGGGCGCGUCGCCCGACGAGACGUGGCUCAACCUCAAGAACUGGCAGCGCGUCCUGCGGCGCCCCGAGUACACGCGCCCCGAGGACCUCAUCUUCAACCUGUCGGACCUCGGGUGGGACGCCAUCACGCGCCUCAUUGCGCCAAAGGAGUCGCGCCUGAGCUCGAUGGACGACGUCAAGCACCACGGCUUCUUUGCCGGCGUCGACUGGGACGGCCUCAGGGACCGCAAGGCGCCGUUCAUCCCGGCGCUCGACUCGGAGAUCGACGCCGGCUACUUUGACGACUUCUCGUCCGAGGCCGACAUGGCCAAGUACGCCGAGGUGCGCGACAAGCAGCGCGCCGUCGACGGCGUCGCCGAGCGCGCGCUCGACGCCAAGCUCGCGCGCGGCGUCUGGGUCGGCUUCACGUUCAAGGCCAAGAAGGAGGCCGACAAGGCGCUGCGCGAGCGCGAGCGCGCCGAGGGGCAGCAGCAGCAGAGGGAGGAGGACGAGGAGGAGCAGCUGUACACGCUGUUCUGA